UUUGAAGAAACAUUUAACAGAGGCACUCUCUAAAAUGAUGGUGCCACCUUCUUGCCCACAAACUCCUGAACCAGAACCAAGUGAUUCAUGCCUGAAAAAAAAGGCAUUCUGGGAGCAAGGUUUAGGAAAGUGCUAUUAUUUCUCCAACACAUAUUCAACCUGGGAAGACAGCAGAUGUUCUUGCCAAACUCUAGGAGGGGACCUGGUGAAGAUAGACAGCAUGGAGGAGCAGAAAUUCUUGGAGGAGAAAGUGAAAAACAAAAUGAGAAUUUAUGAGGACAGGUUCUGGAUCGGACUGACAGACUUAGAGGAAGAGAAGAAAUGGAUUUGGGUGGACGGUUCACUGCUGAACACAAGUUUGUCUUUCUGGUUUGAAGGUGAGCCAAACAAUGUUAUAACAGAAGAUCCUGCAGGAGAGCACUGUGUGAGGAUGGGAACGAAAAAAGGAGCCAAUGACCUGAAGUGCUGGUUUGAUAAAUCCUGCAACAUUCCUCAAAGAAGUAUUUGUGAGAAACCAGCACAAACUGGACAUCUACAGGAUGUGUGUGUCUGAAAUCCAGUUGAGCUCAGACUUCUCAGACUAAUCCGUUUUUAUCAGCUGCUUUGGCACAAUUAUCAAAUAAAAAUCACAAUUGUUUUUG